AGACUUUCCAAAAACACACACUUACGUGUUCAGUUUCCAAAAUGGUGGUAGCAAUAGUCGGUUUGGGCAUCUUACUUCUUGGGUGUCUAUUCUAUUAUUGGAAUGACAUCAUCUACGCUCUUCCGGCAACUUUCCGGUGUUCAUCAGCCGGCGGUGGCCGUCGCAGUAGAGCUCCACUUCCUCCUGGCUACAUGGGAUUUCCCUUCAUCGGCGAAAUGUUUAAUUUCCUCUAUUAUUUCAAGUUUCUAGGUGGCCCCGAUGACUUCAUCAAUGCAAAACGAGCUAAGUACGGUGGAACCGGAGGAUUGUAUAGAACGCAUCUGUUCGGAUCGCCGGCCAUCAUCGUGUGCUCUCCGGCAGCCAACAAGUUUGUUUUUCAGUCGGAAGCGAAUUUUCAGUUGGAAUGGCCGGCGGUGGAAAUCGUAGGCAAAAGUUCAUUAGUGGCCGUACAUGGAGAAUCACACACAAGAAUCAGAAGCCUUGUUGUGAAAACCACAAAUCAGCCGGAUGCUCUUCGUAGAAUCGCUGAAAUGGUUCAACCUCGUAUAGUUCAUGCACUCCAAACUUGGGCUAAAAAGGGCAGGAUUCUUGGAUACCACGAAGCUAAGAAGGUCACGUUUGAGAACAUUGGGAAUUACUUCGUGAGCAUUGAACCGGGUACCCAAUUAGAUGUCCUUGACAAGCUCUUUGCAGGAAUGGUUAAAGGCAUCAGAAGUUUUCCUAUCAAUUUACCUGGAACAGCUUAUCAUCAUGCUAUCCAGUGUCGAAAGAAGGCUGUAGCCAUUUUCCAAGAGGAGUUGGACAAGCACAGAGAUGGAUUUGCUUCACAGAAGACUAGAAAUGAUCUAAUGGAUGGACUAAUGAACCUAAAAGAUGAAGAAGGAAAGCAAUUGAGUGAUGUAGAGGUGGUAGAUAACAUUGUGAGCCUUGUGGUUGCAGGAUAUGAAUCUACUUCCAUUUCCAUAAUGUGGGCUUUGUAUUAUCUGGCUAAGUAUCCAAGUGUUAUACGAAAGCUUCAGGAAGAGCAUUCAUCUAUUUGCACAAAUGGAGAUCAAUACGUAACUAGUGAUGACAUACAAAAAUUGCAAUAUACUACAAAGGUGGUAGAAGAGACUAUAAGAUUGGCCAAUACAGCCUCUAUUAUUUUCCGCAAAGCUAGAAAUGAUGUUGACUACAAAGGAUUCAGAAUACCCAAAGGAUGGACGGUUAUGUGUUGGGUUCGAUACCAUCAUACAGAUCCUGAAAAUUUUGAAGAUCCUUUGUGCUUUAAUCCUGACAGAUGGAAUGAACCACCCAAGCCAGGAUCAUACAUGGUAUUUGGGGGAGGAUCAAGAAUAUGUGCAGGCAACAUGCUUGCUAGGUUGCAAGUUGCCAUAUUUAUUCACCAUUUAGUUCAAGGAUACGAGUGGGAAUUGGUGAACCCCAAUGCAGGACUGGCUUAUUUACCUCAUCAAAAACCUCUUGAUGGGGUUGAGAUCAACAUCAGGAAAAUCUGAUUGCAAUACUACCGAUCGAUAACGCAUCAGUCCCAUUUUCCUUGUUUCAAUGAAUUUCUCAUUUUUGGGCAUGUAUGAAUGGACAUGAUUUCUGUUCUUUCAACAAGUAUAUGCUUUGUACCCCUUAAAAAAAAAAGAAAGAAAGAGUAUGCUUUGUUUUGUUAAUCUUACGGGAUCCUCACGUCCUUUUGCUAUUAGUUUGUUGACUAAUGCAUGAUAAGGAAAGUGAAUUGUUUUGGUGGAACAUAAGCAGAGGCGGAGGGAGGCGGGCCAGCCGCCGUUUUUAAAUUUUUUAGAGGGUAUAUAUUUUUGUAUAGGAAAAAAAAAAUUAAUUUCUCACCCCC